GUAAAAAACAGUAGCAGAAUCGCUGUAUAUCCACACAAUCUCUCACCCCAUGCCAAAAAAAUUUUCUGGCAUAUUACUAAAAGUUUUUCAUUUUUUGUUACUAUAUAAUCAUACGUAUCAAUCACUCCUUCUUCUCUUUCUUUAUAUAGGGAGGUGUUAUCCUGAACUUAGGUCUUAGCUGUUGAAGAUUAUCAUUAUUAUUCUUUUAUCUUCUUCGAUCGGUUGAUGCAUGUUGUUUUUUUUUGUUUUGUUUUGAACCAUUCCAGUAUUUCAUGUUUAUCUUCUCAAUUUUCGAUUCCACCGCUAUCAUAACAUCACCUUUUUUGGAUUUUUUGUUAUUCCAAUCUAUCGAUUGCGCCACUAUAAUAACAUCACCUUUUUGGAAUUUUUAUUCCAAUCUAAAAAAUGUCGAUGAAACGGCAAUCGCAAGACGAUUCCAAGUCUACACUCGAUGCAGGUUCUUCUGAGGAUAAACGUCGCCGGAGUCUGCCUUCUUUCAGCAGUGUAAUUACAGAAGUAAUGAAUAUGAGUAAAGUGCAACAUUUUAUGGAGCCAGUUUUGGAGCCACUUAUUCGUAAAGUGGUAAAAGAGGAAGUUGAAUUGGCUCUCAGGAAGUACAUGACCACCAUUAAACGGAAUUGUGGGAAAGAUGUGUUUGCUUGUGAACUUCGAAGCCUGAAACUGAAGUUUUUAGAUCUCAUCUCUCCCCCAGUAUUUACUGGAACUCGCAUAGAAGGAGAGGAAUCUAGUUUGAAAGUAGCGCUGGUUGAUGUUCUUACUGGGGAAGUUGUCUGUAGUGGUCCUGAAUCCUGUGCAAAAGUUGAAAUAGUAGUACUUGAGGGAGACUUUGACGGUGAUGAUGGGGACAAUUGGACUGCAGAUGAAUUUAAGAACAACAUUGUGAGAGAAAGGGAAGGAAAGAAACCUCUCCUUACUGGGGAUGCAUUUUUGUAUCUUAAGGAGGGCAUUGGCUGGGUGAGUGAUAUUUCAUUUACUGAUAACUCAAGCUGGACAAGAAGUCGUAAAUUCAGGCUGGGUGCUAGGCUUGUUGAUAGCUUUGAAGGGAUCAGUGUACGAGAGGCGAAGACGGAAUCCUUCAUUGUCAGGGAUCACCGAGGAGAGUUGUACAAGAAGCACCAUCCCCCUUCUCUUUCAGAUGAGGUAUGGAGGCUGGAAAAGAUUGGCAAAGAUGGAGCUUUCCACCGACGUUUAAGCAAGGAAAGAGUCAAUACUGUGAAAGAUUUUCUGACUCUACUCUAUCUAGAUCCUACAAGGCUUCGGAAUGUUCUUGGGACGGGUAUGUCUACCAAAAUGUGGGAAGUCACAGUGGAACAUGCUCGAACUUGCUUACUUGACAAGAAAGUGUACUUAUACUACACAUCUGUAUCUGGUCCAAAAACCGGUGUUGUUUUUAACAUUGUUGGACAAGUGAUGGGGCUUUUUCCAGACUGCCAGUUUGUUUCUGCUGAUAAAUUGUCCGAAACUCAAAAGGAUGAUGCUCGUAAUUUGGUGAUUUGUGCCUUCAGACACUGGGAAGAAGUAGUCUCUUUUGAGGAUGAGUCGUCUCUUAUGGAUUGGGUUAUGCAAAUUUCCACUGUUCAGUUCCCCUCAACCUCACCCAUGGUGGGUACCAGUGAUGAUGUUUUAGCUUCCCAGAAGGUUAGCAGAAGUGAAUAUCAGUCACUAAGUGCGUCAACGCCUGAUAUCAUGCCAUCUUUCUGUUCAAUUGCCGGUUUCAGCAGCUUGGAUGACUAUGUCUUGCAUGGUAUAGACAGCAUGGAUGUUACGUUUGACCAACCAUUAAAUUUCCCCGGGCAAGAGACUAACUCCUUGAUGGCUGAUACUGAUUCUAUAACUCCCCCAUCAUUUUGUGAUGAUGAUCAUCUGCCUUUCUUUGAUACCGACUAUUCCCUUCCCAGUUCAAGCUUUGCUCCAUCACCGGAUCUACAAUGUGCUGUCAACAGCUUUCUUGCUCAUAGCAGUUCAAUUGUUCCUCUGGAUAAAGCUCAAAGGAGAUGGAAGAUGCUAUUUAGUGUUCUCAGAUGGUUCUCUGUAAGGAGGAUCGUGAACAAAAGAACCAUCAUAUCUUGAAGACAGAUGUUCUCCUUAGGAAAUUGCUGCCCGAUGCAAUAUUGUGUGCAGUCGUAGAAUUUUCUUUAGAUAUAUGUAAAAUUGUUCAGUUAGCACAAAUCUUGCUUUCCAGUUUUCAUUUUUUUAAUCUUUGAUCAAAAUUUGAGUCUUGUGAAUGGUAUACAGUCCUUGGUGCCAAUAAACGUUUGUACAUAUUAGGUCGAUGCGUGUAGAUACAGCAGCAGCCUUUGCUGCAUUAUUUAUUUUGUGCAUGUGCAUAUUUCCAAUUU